GGCAUUUCUAAUUUGGUAUGUGGAGUAUGAAGUAUGUACCCAUGCCUCCUUGCACAUCCACUAGUACAAAAUCUAAACCUCAACUCUAAGGUAUACCAAGUGUUAGGCUACACUUCUCCCACCUGGCAUUUCCAUGUUCUAUACCCUCUUCACUACCACUUAUGCCUAAUCUCAUUUUUCUCCUCAUAAUUUUUUUCCUAUUUUUUUUUUUAUUUUUUUUUUACACUCUUCCACAUUUCAUGAACAACCCCCAACAAUCCAACAUUUGAGACACAAAAAUUCUCAAAAAAAAAAUAUUAAAAAACCAUGCUCUAAUUCUAGAUACAGAAAACUGUAUAUGUCACAUAAAAAGUGUACAUAAUAAUAUCAUUACAAAUACAUAGAUUAUGAUGGCUAAUUUACAAGCUAACCAUCAAAUACUCAACAUUUCCAGAACACUCUCAAUUUCUGGUGAAUCCAAGUCAUUUGUACCUUUUGUAAUUACAAAAUCAUUAGUACUAAUACAUAAAAAUAAGUGUAUUAUUAGAGGUGGGUUAUUAAAAGUAGCAUGUAUUAGUAGUAGUGAUAACAGCAACAGCAGUGCUCUGGUACAGCAGCGUCCACCUAGUACAGAUGAAGAACUGGGGAUGAUGAUUGAUCAGACGGCUGAAAUUGAAAUCAGAAAAAAUGAAGGGUUUGAUGAAAGUAAAGAGAUUGAUUAUUUGGUGAAAGAAUAUGGUUGGAAAGUGAGAAGGAUGAAAGAGGAUAAGAGUGAAAUGAAGAUGGUUGCUCAAGUUCAAGCUGAAGCUUUUCAUGUUCCUUCUCUUUUCUUUGAUGAUUGGUUCUUUAGUUUCUUUCAGGCUGAAGUUCUUGCUGGACUUAUUUAUAGAUUACGCAACUCUCCUCCGGACAGGUAUGCAUGUCUGGUGGCAGAGCCCGCAAAGGAACAUGAUAGGGAUACUUCGAUGAAUUCUCAGGCAGAACAAGUUCAACAGCAACUUGUAGGUGUAGUUGAUGUCACUGUAUUAAGAGACAACGACGUGAUGCAACACCUCCAAGGAGCUCCAGAGUAUCUCUAUGUUUCAGGAAUUGCCGUUUCCCAAAACUUCAGGAGGCAGAAAGUAGCAACUGCUCUGCUGAAAGCCUGUGAGGUAACAGCAGUGUUAUGGGGGCAUGAAUAUCUUGUGCUAAGAGCAUAUGAGGAUGAUUGGGGUGCUCGUUCGUUGUACACCAAUGCUGGAUAUAGACUGGUGUCCACAGACCCUAUUUGGGUUACUUGGAUUGGGAGAAAACGUCGAAUCCUCAUGAUCAAAAGAUGCUGCUAGUGUUCGUAAUUGUUCUUCUCCCUGGAUGCCUUGUUGAUUGAAGGAUGAUGGACUUGGGUAAAGAAGAUAAGCAAUGUUCUUUAUUUAUUUGGAGAUGCUCAAGAUCAUGUUAUGUGAACAACAUGACCUCCUUUACCCAAAUUUUCUUGGAGCAAAGUAUUACCCAAAUUGGCCAAAUGGAAAUUGCAAUUACAUGUAUACUCCUAUUUCCAAUGUUAAAUCCCAUCCUUCAAAAUCUACAGGGUUAACUUUCACGCUUAUUAAAGCAAAAACGUGCUAUUUUCAAGAUAUUACAUGAUUAUGUAUUUUCUUAUAUAAUAUGGUCAAGGUGGCAAAUAUAAACCAUGCAAAUGUAUUUAGUAUGUAGAUACACAAAGAUUGGAGACAAUAUAGGUAUUAGUUAGUCUUAAAAUUUAGGCCCAUCAUUGGGGAUUAGUUAGGGGUUCAAUCUAGGCCGAAGAAAGUGUUACUUGUAUUUAUCUUUUGUAUUUUUUAAAACUCCUCAUUUUUUUUCCGUAGGUUAAUAGUAAUCCUACCUUUAUAUGAAAAAUCUUUUAAAUCGAAGAAAUAAGGCCUCGAGCCUAGCAAUGAUAGUACACUCAUG